CUUGGAUUCUUUCUCCACUUUUUUCCUCUCGUUUUCUUCGUCGGAGAAUAGCGUCAGUUAUCACCGGCGAAUUGCCGGAAAAAGGGAAAUAAUUGGAAUUUAGGUUUUUCUUUUUUCGGUUUGGUUUUGAUGGAAGAGCGAUUGAGAUCUGGUGAGCAUUCGGGUGUGGUGAAGGAAAGGAGCCAUUCGGGGUGUUUGAUUGUGAGGAAGAAAGGGGAUGGUUCGGGUGGAGCCGGGUCCGCAGGGACCCACGAGAUUCACGAGCCUAAAACAUAUAAGAGGAGGUCUAGGAUGAUUAUGCAUGAUUCGGGUUCUAGCGAUGAACUAGUUAUGCCACCUCGAAGGCGUGCUGGGCCGGAAACAAUUAAAGUUUGUAAUGGUUUAGCAGCUUAUGAAGAGAGUGAAAUUGGUAGGAAGAGGAAUAGGGAGGAAAGGGUGAGGCCAAGUGACAAAGGUUUAUUUGGUUGGAAUGGGGAGGAUUUGAGUGAGAGUAAGAGGAGUAGGUUAGAGGUGUUUAACUUUGAUGAGUAUGAUGGACUUGAAGAGGAUAUGAUUAUGAGAACGAACAGAUUUGAUUAUGGUGGGGAAGAGGUUGGCGGGAGGAGACUGUCUAGUUCGAUGCCUGCAGUUGGUCGGAUGAGUAUUGAGAGAGAAUAUGAGUGUGGUCCUAGCAGGCAUGCUUUUCCUGAGAAGAAGAAGAAGAAUGUGACGUUGUACUUCGAUAAAAGUGAAGGGAUGAGUCGGGGUGAUCCUGAUUAUAGAAACAGGUUUAGGAAGGAUAGGGAUGACACUCUGAUGCAUUAUCCGUUGUUGAGGGAGAGGUAUAUGGUUGAUUCAGAUGAACCCAUCAGGGUUCAGGGCAAAAAUGGUGUUUUGAAGGUAAUGGUGAACAAGAAAAAGAAGGUUGGCGAGCCUUUGAGAAAUUUUGAUCACUUGGAAGUUGAGGAAGGCCAAAGUGAUUCAAGGAUUGAUGAUAGAGUUCGGAGAAACUUGCAUGCUUGUUCACCUUUGUACUCUGAUACCGAAGUUCUUGAGAAGCAUGUUUCAUUUGGUAGGAAAGAGAAAAAGAAAACGAAUCUGCUAAGGACGCCAACAACUAUGAAGAAUAUGGUCUCUGACUCUGAUUCUGAGUACUGUGAUACGUCUCUGAAGCUUCGGCCAAAGGAUAAAGAAACUUCUAACCGGAAAAAGAAGGUAAGUAGCAAAGAAGAGAAAGAUCAAGUUGAGCAGCUUCAGCCUACCAGAAUCAAAGAAGGAAAAAAUAGGCGUGGAUGUGGCACAGAGAAACAGAAAUUACGUGAAAGAAUACGGGAGAUGCUUCAGGAAGCAGGCUGGACAAUAGAUUAUAGACCAAGAAGGAACAGGGAUUACUUGGAUGCAGUGUACAUCAACCCAGCUGGAACCGCGUACUGGUCCAUCAUCAAGGCAUAUGAUGCACUUCAAAAGCAGCUAGAUAAGGGCAAUCUGCGCAAAACAUCUGGUGAUGGUCCUGCAUUUACCCCAUUACCAGAUGAAGUACUCGGCCAAUUAACAAGGAAAACAGGAAAGAAGAUGAAAAGAGAGAUGAAAAAUAAGCGAAAAGAUGAAAGUGGCAGUGAGGAUGCUCAAGAACCUGUCGGUAGGAAAUCUUCAAGUACCAGGCAUGAAGAUGAGAGUAUGGACAGCUUGAGUCAUGAAGAGAAACCGAGUUUCUUAAUGAAGGGUAAGUCAAUGAAACGUAGGAUGAAUGAUAAUCAUGCCUUCAGUGGAUACGCAAAAGGUCAAAAGUCUCUCCAGGUGCAUGAUAGCUAUGAAAAACCAUCCUCUAUAUCCAAUUCUCAUCAUAUUCAUGGAAGAAAAAGUAGAAAACUUGGCAGAUGCACCUUGUUGGUUCGUGGUUCUAAUGUGGAUGUGAGUUCAGAGGGUGAUGACUUUGUUCCAUAUUAUGGGAAAAGAACACUGCUUGCCUGGCUGAUUGAUUCUGAGGUUGCGCAGUUGAGCCAAAAGGUGCAGUAUAUGAACCGUAGGCGAACAAAAGUGAUGCUAGAGGGCUGGAUCACAGGGGAUGGAAUCCACUGUGGUUGUUGUAGUAAAAUCCUUACAGUUUCCAAAUUUGAGAUUCAUGCUGGAAGCAAAUUGCGACAGCCAUUUCAGAAUAUCUAUUUGGAUACUGGUGUUUCUCUCCUUCAGUGCCAAAUAGAUGCAUGGAACAGCCAAGUGGAGUCUGAGCAGAUUGGUUUUCAUUCCGUAGAUGUAAAUGGUGAUGACCCGAAUGAUGAUACCUGCGGCAUUUGUGGAGAUGGGGGGGAUCUGAUUUGUUGUGACAGUUGCCCCUCAACAUUUCAUCAGAGUUGCCUAAAUAUAGAGUUUCUACCAGCUGGUGAUUGGCACUGUCCAAAUUGUAUAUGCAAGUUUUGUGGUAACGGCAGCAGCAUUGCUCAAGAGGAUGACGUAACUGAUUGUGUCCUUCUCACUUGCAGCCUAUGCGAGAAAAGAUACCAUGAAUCAUGCAUCAAAGUGACAGAUGAUAUUCAUAUUGAUUCCGACCGUUUAGUUAUUCCAUUUUGUGGGAAAACAUGCAGAGAGCUCUUUGAGCAUUUACAGAAGUAUCUAGGGGUCAAACAUGAACUAGGAGGAGGAUUUUCAUGGUCUCUUAUUCGAAGAACAGAAGCAAAAUCAGAUAUAUGUGCCAGAGGGCUUCCACAAAGGGUGGAAUGCAAUUCUAAACUAGCUGUUGCUCUGACUGUGAUGGAUGAAUGCUUUUUGCCCAUUGUUGACAGGAGGAGUGGGAUCAACUUAGUAAAUAAUGUUGUUUAUAAUUGCGGAUCAAACUUCAACCGGCUGAAUUAUGGUGGCUUUUACACGGCUAUUUUGGAGAGAGGCGAUGAAAUACUUUCUGCAGCAUCAAUCAGGUUCCAUGGAAUUCAACUAGCAGAGAUGCCAUUCAUUGGCACACGCCACGCAUACAGGAAUCAGGGAAUGUUUCGACGGCUUUUCUGUGCUAUUGAGUCGGCUCUCCGUUCUCUCAAGGUUCACAAACUAGUCAUCCCUGCAAUUGCUGAAGUUACGCCUACAUGGACUGGGGUUUUUGGUUUUACUGCUCUGGAGGAAUCGGUUAAGCAAGAAAUGAGGUCCAUGAAUAUGUUGGUCUUCCCGGGUAUAGAUAUGUUGCAGAAGUUUCUGCUGAAGCUCGAAAACAUGACGUCUGACGCAGGUGCCAAGCAAACUGAUCCAAUAACUAAUGAGCAAAUCACACCCGAGGUGGCUAACGGAUCUAAACCUGGUUUAUCAUCUGGGAAUGAUACGGAUGGUGAUUUGAAUCAUUCGGGUAGGAUAAAUGGUGAAACUAGAGUUACAGACUCGGAUUCCCAAUGUCCAAAUGUGUCCCCGGAACCUAAUGACGAAACUGCACUUACGAAUUAUCAAACGGAGGACACGAGGAAUGUAUCUAGGGAAGGUAGUGAAUAUGAUGCUAACCCUAGCCCAAGCCAUGACGCGCAUGAAAUGCAGAAUAAGGCAGGACUAGAUUAUCCUGCUAAAGAUAAUCAAUCAGAUGAUAGGACUGAUUCACGGUCAGGGAAUAAGCCAACCGAAUCUGCUUCAGACAGUGAAAACGUCACUACCUCUAUGGACUAUAAUGCAGUAGACCAGGGAAAUAAAACAGCAUCAGACUGUGCUAACGAGAAAAAUAUCCGAUCCCGUGAAGAGUGUGAUAUGGAAGCUGUCGAUGCAGGCGGCAAUGUUGAUGUUAAAACUAAGCUUGCAGUUGAAGAAAGUACAGAGAUGGAAAUGAAAAAAGUACCAGACUCUCCCGAUGAACAUAACAGUCAAGAUGAACUCGAACCAAGAGUGUUGGUCAAGGAAAACACGCUUGUCGACGAUGAGUCCGGGGACAAAUUAGCAAAGCGGGCUUCCCCCGAGAUGGAAACUAACUCGAAAUUGGAUCGUCACAAAGUCGUUUCUGGUUUUCGGGAGGAGCAUAAUGUGUGCGAUCGAGAAUCGGAUUUACAUCGGGGCAGCUGCCUGCCCCCAGUCCCAAUAAAAUCCUUGACCUUCUUGGUUGUAUUAUGUAACUACCCCAUUGAAAGUUCAGAAUCAGUAUCUCAUUUUAAAUUUUUGAUUGGUGUUCGAUUUGCAUACUCUGUUUCCUUUCUUUAUGGAAAACAAUGCUUGCUCAAAUACUUAUGUAUAAUUGUCUCUUUGGGUGAAAGAAUUAAUUUGUGUCUUUCGUCUUAA